GUAUAUAGGCAGAACAUCUCAACCGACACUGUGAACUCUUGACUCCAUUCUAGACACAUUUUCGCACAUUCACAAUGACACAAAAAGACCAGAAGAUCUUGAUCAUCGGUACAGGCACUUUCGGAGCCAGUACUGCAUAUCACUUGGCAAAGAGAGGUUACACAAACAUCACUUGCAUCGACAAGUGGCCAUAUCCCAGUCUCGACUCUGCAGGCUACGACAUUAACAAAAUCAUCAGAACAGAAUACGAUGAACCUCUCUACGCAGAAAUGGCCCUCGAAGCCAUCCAAGCCUGGCGAACCCCAAUGUACACCGACAUAUUCCACGAGACCGGCUGGAUUUUAACCACCCUCGGCGACCCAAAAGCAACCGACCACCUCAAAAAGUCAUACGAAAAUCUCAAAAACAAAGGUCAAGCUCACAAUAUCGAUUUCGUUAGUGGCAAAGACGAAAUUGUCAGAUAUGUGCCACAGCUGAAGAACGCCCGCAAUAUCGAUAAUUGGAAGGGAUUGUGGAAUGAACAGGCUGGAUGGGCGCAUGCGGCGAAUGCGAUCAAGAAGGUUGCGGAUGAGGCGGCGAAGAUGGGUGUGAGGUUCAUCUCUGGUCCGAGUGGUGAGAUGGUCGGACUGGAGACUGAAGGCGAUAAAGUCACUGGUAUCAGGGUCAAGUCCGGUGAAAUUCACCACGCGGACAAAUACAUUCUCUCCACUGGCGCCGCAUCACCCGCCCUCCUCCCGGAACUCCACACCGAACUAUGGUCGAAAUGCUGGACUUAUGGACUACUGGAAUUGACAGAAGAAGAAGCCUCACAAUUCAGAAACAUGCCGGUCGUCUUGAACCACGAACUUGGUUUCUUCUUCGAACCCAGUCGCGAAGGCAGACUGAUAAAAAUCUGCAACGAGUUCCCCGGCUAUCAAUGGCGAAAAGGCGAAUUUACCGAUGCGAACGGCAAAACACACAAAUAUUCAGUACCGCGAUACGCCAGCGAGUACCCCGGAGAUGGGAUUCCAGAGGAAGCCAUGAACGCCAUCAAGCACUUCAUCUCAACAGUCAUUCCGCAAUUUGAGGGCAGAGAGAUCAAAGGUGCGAAAGUGUGUUGGUGUACUGAUUCGCCUGAUGCGCAUUAUUUGAUUGCCAAUCAUCCCAAGUAUCCUGGAGGUGAGCUGUUGCUUGCGACGGGAGACAGUGGACAUGCGUUCAAGAUGCUACCGAUCAUUGGCAAGUACAUCAGUAAUGCUGUGGAGGGGGACUUCAAGCCAGAGUGGCGAUAUGGUAACCGCAAGCAUUUGGACAGCGGCAGACCAGGAGACGAGGUGAAAGAUCUCAAAGACGUCGGUAUUGGUGGUCCUCAAGCAAGACUGUAG